AUGGAUGCAUACCGAGAAGAAGUUGAAAAAUUGACAAAGUGCUUUGAUACAAUCAAAUUUCAGCAGAUUCCUAGGGAAGAGAAUUCGAUAGCUGAUCGCUUGGCGAAUGCAACAUCCAUAGCGGAUAAAUCACUCACCAGGGUCAUCCCUAUUGAUGUCCUAGAUACUCCAAGCGUCACAAGGGGAAUAACCACCCCGAGACGUCCCACCGGCGAAACUCCUUUUUCUCUAGCUUACGGCACCGAGGCCGUAAUCCCCACCGAAGUGGUAACACCCACCAUCCGAAGCUUAGCUUGGAACCAAAAGUCAAAUAAUCAGCUUCUGGAACACAGUCUGGAUCUAUUGGAAGAAAAAAGAGAAGCUGCAGCCAUCCGGCUAGCAGCUUACCAACCGAAGAUAGCAAAUAGCUAUAACAAAAGAGUCAGAAGGAAAAGCUUCAAUCCAGGAGAUCUAAUACUCCUAAAAUCAGAAAAGUAUGUCAGCAAAUUGGAACCUAACUGGGAAGGGCCAUACCGAAUAUCAGAUGUGAUUGGAAAAAGAGCUUACAGACUUCGACACCUGGAUGGCACCGAAAUGGCUAAACCAAAGAAUGCAAUGAACCUGAAAAGGUACUUUCAAUAA